CCACCUUUCGGCUCCCACCAAGCUCCGGCACCCUGCUCCCUCUAUGAAGUCUCCCUCGCUCUAGUGAUUCAAGCAAUAAGGGGAAGUCAUCCAUGAAGAACCAGCAGCCAAAACAAUCUGCACGUCCUUCCAUGCUCUCUCCUUCCAGCUCCCAACUCUUCCGAUGUCUCCCAAACUUCCUUGUCUUUGGCCUCGGCCUGGCCCUCGGGUGCAUCUCCAGCUUCUAUCUCAAAACCAUCCCCUUCCCUCUCCUAGCAUCCAAAAUCUCCUUCAUCUCUUCUCCUCCAUCUCCACCGCCGCCGCCGCCACCGUCGUUACAAUUGCCGCCACCAUCGCCGCAGCCAAUCCUAAAUCUGACCUUCAUGGCUAACGAGCGUGUGGGACUAAAGGGAUAUGUGGAGCCAGUCGAGGCCAUGCAUGACAUGACCGACGAGGAAUUGCUAUGGAGGGCGUCGAUGGUGCCGAGGAUAAAGAACCAUCCAUUCCACCGAGUUCCUAAGGUUGCUUUCUUGUUCCUCACUAGGGGACCGCUUGCCUUCUCUCCACUAUGGGAGAAGUUCUUCAAGGGACAUGAAAGAUUAUAUACAAUCUACGUGCACGCCGAUCCUUCCUUCAACGAGUCAGCACCGGAGGGCUCGGUGUUCCAUGGCCGGAGAGUACCUAGCAAGGUGGUGAAGUGGGGGCAAUUAAGCAUGAUGGAAGCUGAACGCCGCCUAUUAGCUAAUGCCCUACUAGACUUCUCAAACCAGCGCUUCAUCCUCCUUUCCGAAUCAUGCAUUCCUCUCUUCAACUUCUCCACCAUCUACUCCUACCUCAUUAACUCCACCAAAACCUAUGUCAGUUCCUUCGAUGACCGGGGGCCCAACGGUCGUGGUCGAUACAAUAUUAGAAUGAAACCACAAGUGAAGUUGCAGGAAUGGCGCAAAGGCUCUCAGUGGUUUGAGGUGGACCGGGACCUCGCAAUUGAGAUAAUUUCUGAUGAAAAAUAUUUCCCGGUCUUUAAGAAAUACUGCAAGCGCUCAUGCUACGUAGACGAACAUUAUCUGCCAACGUUUGUGAGCAUGAGAUUUUGGUGGAGAAAUUCAAACAGGAGCUUGACUCGGGUUGAUUGGUCAAAAGGAGGGCCACACCCAGCUAGGUUUGGAAGAUUGGAUGUGACUAUUGAGUUACUGGAGAGGAUGAGAAAUGGGAGUACAUGCAAAUAUAAUGGCAGGACUACUAACGUUUGCUUCUUAUUUGCUCGGAAGUUCUUACCAAACUCCUUGACUAGGUUGAUGAGAUUUGCUCCAAAAGUCAUGGGCUUUCAAACUUAGGAGAUCCGUCAAGGAUGAUUCUUUUUAAGGAAGAGUAGCUUGCACAGGGGAAGUUUUUUCUAACCACAUUUUUUGCAAUUGUUGUAAUGAAGAAACCUAAAUUAAGGUUGUUCUCAAAAGAUGGUGUUCUUUCUUCUUCUUUUUUUUGGUGAAUAAAGAUAGUGUUCUUAGAAAGCACCAGGUUUGUGAUUAA